ACGGCGCCCCAUAGACGGGAGCUCAGACAAAACAUGCUUGAAUAUGGUUAUGGAUCUGGUUAUCAUUUGCCCGGCUUUGAAUCCCACCCCAGUCUCUCAUUGGCCAUAUACAUUUAAGUAAUUACUCCCACUAUAGAUUUAUUUGGCAGUUCUUAAAAGACACUGUGGAAUUACACUUUUGUUAUCGCUAGAGCGAAAUGGAUGGCAACAGAAACACAUACUGACAUGCACCUGUGAUAGAAGAAGAGAGAACAAUCGGUAAAAUGAUGAACAGGCAAGAUAUAAACACUUAUGAAAUCUAACUCCAUGAAAAGAAUGAAUAACCCUUCAGUCGAUUAUCUCUCCGGUGACUUUGUAUUGGCAGAUCUUCGCUCUUUGGAAAUCAUUAAGAAAACGUGCGCAGUGGAGAGUGUAUAGCUUUAUGGCGCAGCGGGAAGUUUUAUAACUUCUGACAAGUGACACUCUGCAGCCGCGCGGGAGGCCUUGGCAACUUGGCGCGCGCACCAGGCAGAGCGCGCCUUCGUUGGCAGCGGGUGAAAAGAAACGCGUUUGCCAGUAGUUCAUCACUCUUCCUUAAUCCCCUCAAUGAAAUUUGGGUUUCAUCUCCUCUCGUUGAGCUCUGACAGGCAUGCGCCCACCCCAAUUUAGCCCCCGCGCGGGGGUCUCGAGCCUGGCCAUCCGCCGCUGGGUUUGAUCUCCGCCCGCGUGCGCACUUUCAAUGGAACGCUUGAUUUGGUCUAAUCUGCGACGUGUGCCAAGACUGUCAACAGCCUCAACGCGAGAGAGACCUCGCGCCGGGAGCUCAAUGAAAUAUUUAUUAUUCUCGGGCCAUGUGUUGCGCCAUUUAGUCCAAUCUUGGACAUUUAGGGGGGUAUCUGGCGUGCGUAGGCUUUUUUUUUCUUGAGGUUCUUAAGUUUAAUUUAAUGAAAGGCCUGGUGUCCCCACCGCUUACUGGACACCAGUUAAUUGGAUUAGUCUGUACGCUGCGGAUGUGGGCCCAGCAAUUACUGUUAAUGAGUUUUUUUUUUCUUUUCCUCUCUUUUCGUCGGUGGACACAUUUAUAGACUUCUUUAUAUCAAGAAAUACAUUAAAUGCUUAAUCUGAACAAAUGGCUUAUGGACUUAGACAUAUUACAUACAUAUACGUACAUAUUUGGAAAUGAUGUACUAUAAAUGAUUAUUUAUAUGGUAAUCCACAUAAUUACUAAUUAGACUGUAUAGAAUGAAACCAAAUUAUUGUUGUGUGUUAAUGUAAUUUAACAUGUGGUUUAAUGUUAAAAGAAGGAUAUUACUUCUGGGCUAUUUAACUAUGUUGGGAUUCUGACGGGGGAAAAAAGAUUACUUGCUAUUACAGGAAAAAUAAUACAGAGAUCAAUGGUUGUUACAUCAAUAAAUGCAAUGCUUUUGUUUCGAUAAAGUCUUGUUCUUUCUCUCAUGUGUGUGUGGCUGCAGCUUCGCGCUGGGCCGGUGAAGAGGCACACAGAGCGCGCUCACUGAUCAGUGAGACGGACCUAAUCCAUUUUUGAUGAGCUCCGUUAAUAGACUUCCUGCUGUUGCUAUCAAAGGGGUUCACCCUGGUGCCUCUCUCGCACACGACCCUCUCCACGCCCCUUCAAAAGCUACACACUUGGAACAUUCACCAUAAAUACCCCGUGGCCACCAAAACUUUCAGAAAGACUUUUCAGUUUUGGAGUUUCCAGUCACCACCAAUCCCGCAAUGCCUCGACGCAAACCCCCGUGCGCUCCGUGUGUUUUACGGCAAACAGACGCAGCUCAUCUGAAGAGUCCACAUCCCACUGCGGUCCCGCAGCAAGGACCACCGCCUGUCCAAGCGCUGGCACAGAACAGCUGGACGGAGGUUCGGACCACGGACAGGGCGCACUAUGAACCUUGCGCUCUCGUGGAGCUCAGGCUGCCGGGGCUUCGCUACAUCGACCAGGACCAGCCGACCACCGUGACCACCGUGACCAGAGCAAAGAGACGGCGACGGCUGGCUGCGAACGCGCGCGAGCGGCGGAGGAUGCUCGGACUGAACGUAGCGUUCGACCGGUUGCGGAGCGUCAUCCCGAACAUGGAGAGCGAGCGCAAGCUGUCCAAAUCAGAGACCCUACAGAUGGCGCAGAUCUACAUCGCCACGCUCAGCGAGCUACUACAGAACGAAGGCUGCCACGCGGAAUUCAGUUACACGCGCAUUGCCAUGACAGCGGAGCAGGUGGAUUCGCAGCGCGCCGAGCCAUCAUCCUGUGAUUCCGCAACAGAGGACACAGACCUAACUGAGACAGACACGCGCAGUGACGUUAGCAGGCGCGCGGCUGGUCCGGGACAGUCUGACGACGAACACAAGCUCGAGUUGGGGAACUUUUGGGAGCGAACAAGUGGGACAAAAUGA